AUGGGUCAUUUUUUGUUCAACUUCAUCUUUCUAUUGUCAUUAUGGUUUUCUCCAUUAGCACAUUCUAGAAACACACCACACAAUGCCAAAACAACACUACUCGAUGUUGUUUCUUCCAUUCAAAAAACAUAUCAAGUUCUUAACUUUAACCCAAACCUUAAACAACAACAAAAGGGUUCUUCUUUUUCUUCUUCUUCGUCAUCUUUUUCUAUGCAACUUCAUUCACGAGCUUCCAUUCAUAAUAAACCUUCACAUGCUGACUAUAAAUCUCUAACCUUAUCCAGACUCGCCCGCGACUCAGCCCGAGUCAACUCCAUACUAACUCAGCUAGAUCCAAAUUUCAACCCAGAGAAGCUUUCCGGACCCAUUAUCUCCGGAACGAGUCAAGGAAGCGGUGAGUAUUUCUCAAGAAUCGGAAUCGGUGAGCCACCGAGUCAAGCUUACGUGGUACUCGACACCGGCAGUGACAUUAGCUGGGUCCAAUGCGCACCCUGCGCCGACUGCUACCGGCAAGCCGAUCCUAUUUUCGAGCCGGCUUCAUCGGCUUCUUACACGCCGAUCAAUUGUCAAGCCAAUCAGUGCCAAUGGCUUGACCAAUCUCAGUGUCACAACGGUAACUGCCUAUAUGAAGUUUCCUACGGCGACGGCUCAUACACCGUAGGUGACUUCGUUACAGAGACGGUUACAAUCGGCGCUACUUCCGUUCGCAAUAUUGCCAUCGGCUGCGGUCAUAACAACGAAGGCUUAUUCGUUGGUGCAGCUGGUUUACUAGGCUUAGGUGGUGGCCCACUUUCUUUUCCGGCACAGCUCAAUUCGACGUCGUUUUCAUACUGUCUCGUGGAUCGUGACUCCGACUUGGUCUCAACCCUAGAGUUUGAUUCUCCGUUUUCGCGUGACGCCGUCACCGCACCGUUUAAGCGUAAUCCUGAGUUAAACACUUUCUACUUUGUGGGACUCGUCGGAAUAAGCGUCGGCGGGGAGUUACUUCCGAUUCCGGAGGCAAGUUUCGCGGUGGAUCCUACGGAGAGUGGAGGUGUCAUAGUGGACUCCGGCACGGCGGUAACACGGUUGCAGAGCGACGUGUAUAAGAUUGUACGCGACGCGUUUGUGAGGGGGACGAGAGACUUACCGGCGGCGAAGGACAUGUCGUUGUUUGAUACUUGCUAUGAUUUGUCGUUGAGGUCAAGCGUGGAGGUUCCGACGGUGGCGUUUCAUUUUGGGAAAGGGAAGGUGCUGGUGUUACCGGCGAAGAAUUACCUGGUACCGGUUGAUUCGGUGGGGACGUUUUGUUUUGCGUUUGCUCCAACGACGUCGUCUUUGUCGAUAAUUGGGAAUAUUCAGCAGCAAGGGACACGUGUGAGUUUUGACUUGGUCAACUCGGUAAUUGGAUUUUCACCCAACAGUUGUUAA